AUGAUUCAAUCCACAGAGUCGGCCAUUGGUGAUAUUUUCAAGGGCUAUGCUGAGCAUGGUUUCCUUCCUGAUGGUCUACCAUUAACGCGACUAUCAAAUCCGUACUAUGAGGCUUGGGAGAACAUAGCCAGCGAGCUUGCUGUACUCAUUCAAACAAAACAAAUCAGAUCCAGAAUUGAUCAACUUGCUGUGUGUUCAACAGAACACCUUGAGACAGAACCAGAAUGGCGUCGAGCAUAUGUGAUCAUGGGCUACUUCACUCACGGCUACAUAUGGGGUGGCGACAAGCCACAAGAUCGUCUUCCUCCCUCGAUUGCAAAGCCAUACCUUGAGAUAGCGGCUCACCUCGAGCUACCUGCCUGCGCUACCUACGCCGGUCUGACACUGUGGAACUACAAACCCACACAUCCAGAAGCAGACAUCACGGACCCCGAAAACCUUCAAGUACAAACAUCGUUUACCGGCACAAGGGACGAAGAGUGGUUCAUGGUGAUCUCUGUGGCCGUUGAGGCUCAGGGUAGCAAACUGAUAUCUUUGAUGCGGGAUGCCAUCAAAGCUGUUGCUACCGGGGACAGAGGGCUUCUCGCUGAUCUAUUAUACACAUUUGCCGAUGGUCUAGACAACCUAGCCAUCGUUCUACGAAAAAUGUAUGCCCACAAUGAUCCUGCUGUCUUUUACCACCAGCUUCGGCCAUUCCUGGCUGGUAGCAAGAAUAUGGCACAUGCUGGGUUGCCUCGUGGUGUUUAUUAUGACACCGGUGAUGAUGUUGAACACCCUGAGAACUGGAUGCAGUUGAGUGGUGGCAGCAACGCUCAGAGCUCGUUGAUCCAGACCCUUGAUAUUUUCCUUGGGAUCACACACACGGCCACAGAUGGGAAGAAAGCAUCUGGCCCCGCUUUCAUUCAUGAAAUGCGAAACUACAUGCCCGGCCCUCACAGACGCUUCUUGGAGAGCCUCACUGCUGGAUCGACCGUUCGCUCCUUCAUCUUGUCUUCGGGGGAGCGAUCCGUCGAGAGAGAAGCAUAUAAUGCAGCAGUGAAUGAGCUGAAGAAUUUCCGCGAUACUCAUAUCCAGAUGGUCACUCGGUAUAUCGUCAUGACAUCCAGGAAGAGUAUUCCGGCACAGGAAAGUGACAAGGUCAACUUGGCCACAGCUAGCGCGCAAGGGACCGAGUCUGGGAAACGUCAUUCACUUGCUGGUACUGGCGGGACGGACUUGAUGCCCUUUUUGAAACAGACCAGGGAUACGGUGAGGGAUGCGAAGUGCUAG